GGGGAGGGGAAUGCUGCUGGCCAUGUAAAAAACAAAAAACAAAAAACAUUGAUUUACUCUAUCAAAAAUAUUUCAAAAGGAAAAUGUCUCCCUUAGAUUCUGUUGUUUCUGUGGCUUCCAGAACCUCCCAUCCUCUCGAGGGGAUGAGGGAAAGCUUUUCUAGCUUUUCUGGAGAAAGAGAAUCAUUGGGGAGAGGGGAUGAAGGACUGGGGAGCUCAUGGCGUCCAGGUCGGAGUCCUCUAGAGUUUUUGAAUCAAUUAAAGCAAAUAAUGCUCUCUGUUUUCCACCAGGCCCAGACGAGCGAUUGGCCGAGGCCAGUCCCGUGACCACGAAUUCCCUGCAAUUUCGCCGGAGUCCUGGGUUUAAUAGAGAGAGUCCCCAUACGCUUGUAUUUAUCAGCAAUAUACAAUUAUAAAGGCCCAAAAUUUAAAAAAAAAAAAAAAUCAAGAGCGGAAUCUCCCCCUCCCAAAAUCAUUCCAUCACAUAAGCCUGGGGGGGGCAGGAGGGGGGGUCCCUUCCGAUCCUCCCUCCUGACGCCCCCCCCAGCAGGCCCCCUCCCCCACCAUUGAAAGCCAUGAAUUUUGAAUUUGAGAGGGAGAUUGGGUUUAUAAACAGCCAGCCAUCGCUCGCCGAGUGUCUGACUUCCUUCCCCGCUGUCUUGGAGACAUUUCAAACUUCAUCAAUCAAGGAGUCGACAUUAAUUCCUCCUCCUCCUCCUUUCGAGCAAACCUUCCCCAACCUCCAGCCCGGCGCCUCCACCCUUCAGAGACCCGGGAGCCAAAAGCAAGCCGAAGAUGGGCCCGUUCUGCCGCCGCCGCCGCCGCCGCUCCCCGCCGCCCCCCUGGCCCCCGAGUUCCCCUGGAUGAAAGAGAAGAAAUCCGCCAAGAAACCCAGCCAAUCUGCCACGUCUCCUCCGGCCGCCUCCUCGGUCCCAGCCUCCGGGGUUGGCUUGCCUGCAGAUGGCUCGGGGCUGGCGGAGGCGGCCGGCAGCGGGGCGCGCAGGCUGCGCACGGCUUACACCAACACACAGCUGCUGGAGCUGGAGAAGGAAUUCCAUUUUAAUAAGUACCUGUGCCGGCCGCGCCGCGUCGAGAUCGCGGCCUUGCUGGACCUCACCGAGAGGCAAGUCAAAGUCUGGUUCCAGAACCGGCGCAUGAAGCACAAACGGCAGACACAGCACCGAGAGCCGCACGACGGAGAGCCAGCCUGCCCAGGCGCCCUGGAGGACACCGGCGAGCCCGCUCUGGAGCCCAUGGCCAGCCCCGCCGCCUCGCAGGCGGCGCGGGAAGCCUGCUCUUACCCUCCUGAGGUCGCGCCGGGCCCCCUGGGCGCCUCUGGCUCUCUGCCUCUGGCCGCUCGCGGGAACGGCGCGCGGGCGCUGAGCCCCGGCUGCGCCCUGAGAGGGUCGGACGGGCUGGAGCCAGAGCCAUUGCCCGAAGACGCCUUCCCCGAGCGGCAGGAUUCGCCUUUCCUGCCCGACCUCAACUUCUUCGCGGCCGACUCUUGUUUUCAGCUGUCCGGAGGCCUCUCCCCAAGCGUGCAGGGCUCGCUGGACAGCCCGGUUCCCUUUUCUGAGGAAGAGCUGGACUUCUUCACCAGCACCCUAUGUGCCAUCGACCUGCAGUUCCCCUAACUUGUCCCCUCCGCCCGGCCCUUCCGGCCCCCCCACCACCACCACCUCGGUUGUCUAAUGGAAACCCCCAGGACCUUCCACCCCCAAGUCAUUUAGACUUCUUUAUGUGUUUUGCUAAAAUUCAGGUAUUAUCGAAUUAGCGUUUAAUUCACUUCCUUUCUUCUCUAAAAUAUUGGGCACUCGAGCGUCUUUUUAAAAUCACACAGAAAAAUUCCGUUUCUUAAACUCCUUCCAGCGAAAUCUCAGGAAUAAUUAAACUCUAAGAGGGGCUUUCUUAAAAAAUAACUAGAGGAACCUAUUUUCCUCGUUUUCUUUUUUUAAGUUUUAGACUAGAUUAUUUAUUAAAAUUCUUUAAUAAUAGGAAAAGGGGAAAGUAUUUAUUGUAUAUUAUUUUCAUAGAUUAAAUAAAUGUCUUUAUAAUAC